AUGGCCAAAACCUGCACCAUCCGAGUCAGCAACGAGACAAGGAAAAAGAUGAUCGAUUUCAGAGACUCCCUUUCUAAAGAGGCAGAAGAAUUUCUGUCCACAUUUUUACCUGCAAAAAUAUUAAAGCUGGAUCAGUUUUUGAGGGAAGACCAACUAAACCUUAAAGAUCUGUCAGUUCUUCGCGCCCCGCUGGACAUCCCCAUUCCAGACCCCCCUCCCAAAGAGGAUGAGAUGGAAACAGAGAAGGAGGAGAAGGAAGCCCCCAAAUGUGGCUACCUUAAGGGUAACGAGUCCAUUGUGUCCCUUUUGGAUCGGGUCAAACCUGAAGUUCGGGAGUUCCGAGAGAAAUGCGUCUUGGUUGCUACCUGGAUUCAGUACAUGAUUCCCAAAAUAGAAGACGGCAAUGAUUUUGGGGUGGCGAUUCAGGAGAAAGUCCUGGAGCGGAUUGUGGCCUUGAAGACCAAGGCAGAAGGGUUCCAGACCACCAUUUCCAAGUAUUUUUCAGAGCGUGGCGAAGCUGUGGCCAAGGCCUCUAAGGACACUCACGUGAUGGAUUACCGGUGUCUCGUCCAUGAACGAGAUGAGGCUAUCUACCGGGAAAUCCAGAUGAUGGUGCUCGAUAUCCGUGGGUUUUAUGCUGAACUGUACCACAUCUUGAGCAAAAACCUGGAGAAACUGACCAACCCCAAGGGGGAAGAGAAACCGUCCAUGUACUGAGAGGUCCUCUUCAGUGGAUUCUGUGGCAACUGUCUCUGCCCUUUUCCCCAG